AAAUAAAUCAGGAGAAAAUGGAUCCUUUCGAAUCAAUGUGACUUUAUUUUUCGGCAUUACACCUGAAAGUCCCUUAAACAUUAAAUUCUUUGUUUUCCUCAAACGUACAGUCUUAUCGAAAAUCCAUCGGAAAUCUUCGACAUAUUUUCAAAUAAAUGUAGCCAUUUCAUUUCCUAAACACUAUAGCAUCGUCAUGACUGUCUAAACACGCCCUGUGAUUAAUCUUUGCUCAUAAAGGCAGCACAGCAUGAGUUGUCGCUAUAAAGGCAAAAAGAGUCCAAAUGACUUUGCUCGACUGCACCAAAAGCUGGCCAAAAUUGAAAAGGACCUCCAAGAUGCUGCAUCAAACGUGACAAGGGCAGACCCUCGUGAUGAAGAAAUGUCCGUUGACACCAUGCUUAGGGAGAAGCGGAGCAUGGAGGAGCGCCUGGACCAGAUGCAGUCGGAGCUGGAGCGACUCGAGUGUUACGCCGCCGACGGCACGUCCGAUUACGGCCGGGAGCCGUUCAGAACGUCGUCACCCGGAGAGCUGGCCAAACCGCGCUCCCGACCGGCCAAGCGGAGUCGGGCCGCGCCUCCCCGCCGCCGCUCCGCUGACACCUGCCGCUGUCGCUGCAAUAGUUUCUUCUCCAGCACACGGAGCCAGCCGGCGUUUGAGUCUGACCGUCAGCUACAGCAGCUACAGCAGGACCUAGCCGAGGCCACCGGACAAAAACAAACCAUGCAAGAGAGGAUCUACGAGCUGGAGGAAACGCAGAAACAAAACGAAAACGACCAGGAGGAGAUCCGCAGUAUGCUGGAGCAGGAGCGGGAGCGGAUGGAGCAGAUGGAGCAGGAGAACGGCGACCUGCGGGAGACGAUCCAGCGACUGGAGCUGGACCUCUCCAACCUGCCCGUCGGCGACUGCGGCAUGAUGCGCGAGGCCUCCGUCCAGAUCACGCAGCUGCUGCAGACGCUCAACGAGGACAUGGUCAAGGCGCCCGAGCUCUGCACGCGACUACGGAUGGCCGCACAGCAGAUAAUUGACGUGGAGAAGCGGUGCGCCAACGAGCGGGGCGCCCGCUCCAUGGACCAGCAGGAGGUGCAGUUUCUGCGCAACGAGAACCAGCGCUUGCGCGAGGUGGCGUUCCGAGCUAACCUGAGCGCCUUCCAGGCCACCGUCUCCGUCCCGCAGGCGCAGAUGAUGGGCAUGCCCAUGUACGGCAUGCCCGGUCAGAUGCAGCCGGGCAUGGCUCCCGGUAUGGGUAUGGGUAUGGGUAUCGGCGCGGCGCCCAGCUACAUUGACCCGUACGCCGGCGGGUUCGGCGCCCAGAGCAUGGGCGCCACCCAGCAGCCGCGCAAGAGCGUCUUCCAGCGAGUGUUUGGCAAGAAGGAGUCGGUGGACCCGGGCCCGGCGACGCUGCAGUUCCAGGACGGCAGCACGGUGCAGUUCGACCCGGCCAUGACCAUGCAGCAGCAGCGGCUCUCGAUGGCGCUGCAGGAGCCGGCAGAGGACGGCACCAAACGACUGGCCAUGCUGAACCAGGACAAACGCAGGGGCUGCUGCCCGCGCUGAGCGAGCGCACCGGGGAUGGAACAUAUCUACUGCGGAACGGGGAAACGGAUGGGAACCGGAGACAAAACGUGCAGGAAACUGAAAAUGUCACUCUGUGUUUAUAGUUUACAUUUUAUCUGUACCAGAUUGUCCAGCAUAUCAGACGUCCCAGAAUACAAAUUGAAAGUAUUUAUGUCAUUAUGUUAUGCAUAAUCCUUUGAAUGUGUUAAGUUUGAAGCAUAUUCUGUUACUUUAUGGUGCAUUGUUUUCUGUUUCUUUCCCAUUGCAAUUGUAAUGCAAAGUACUGCAAAUAUAGAAACUGCAGUAAA